GUUUCCAAUCCUACUUCCGGUUGUCUCUUUUACGUUUCACCACAUGUUGCAAGUGCUCGUUUGUGUUGAUGUUUAUUUUGAUAAGUGUACACGUUGUCGCGCAAUACAUUUUACUAAUUUUGGCUAUUCAACGUCUACAUAACAUAUAACAUAAUAUCUAACAUUCAAUAUUUCGGUGGUGGGAUCUAUUAGACUCUGUGUAGAACAUAAAUAUGAGCAGCCAAAAAGGAAAUGUGAACAAAUCUCGCAAGCAGAAACAUGCAAAUACAUCUGUCUUCAGAAAUGACAUGUAUAACAAAUCCAAGAAGAUUGCUACCAUCAAUCAAACAGAACUCCCAAGCUUGUGUCAACGUUGCAAAGAAAAGAUUGAGUGGAAAAUAAAAUACGGAAAAUACAAGCCACUCACCGUUCCCAAGAAAUGCAUUAAAUGCAGUGAGAAGACAGUGAAGAAAGCGUACUAUAAUAUCUGUUUGCCCUGUGGACAAGCCAGCGAAAUCUGCUGUAAAUGUGGAGAGAAGAAGGACAUUGUUGAGCAACCAGGGUUGACUGCAGAGCAGCAGGCAGUGGAAGACAGUCGACUGGAACAAGAGAUCAAGUACCUGACAGAGAGGCAGAGACGUUCCUUCUUCCGUCUGCAAGCACAAGGAAAGCUGAAAGGGGACUUCCUGGAGAAAUGCAGGGAUGGUGAUGACAAUGAUGAAGACAAUGAUGAAGACAUCGACAAGGACAAUCGCGAUGAUCCAUCUGACUCGGACAGUUGUGCCAGUAAUGAUAGUGAUGACAUACAGCAAGAAGGUGGAACAACUGCCCUAGAAAACACAACUCCACCGGGCAGGGAUAUCGAGUCAGGUUCAAAAUUGGAAACAUGGUUUGAAAAGUGAACAAUGACUUGUGAAAAUGGCGGAGGACUUGUAAAUAAACUGUCUAUAUAUU